AUGGACAGGAGGAAGGCCGGGCGGCGCCGAUCUUCUCCGGAAAUUGUCACAGAAGGAAAAAGGAAAAAGACUUCAUCUUCUGAGUUACAUAAGAUAACAAAGAUAUUAGAUGCAAAACCAGAAGAUGUUCGUGUGAAAUCACCACUGUCCAAACUCAGAAGCUCAGAACGGUGGGAUCUCCCUUUGCAGGGGUGGGAAAGAAGCCGAAGAAACAACGUCCUUUCUCUAGACUGUAAAAGUAAAAAAGGUGUUCGUGGGCGUCCUGUCACUUCUAAGACAUCAUCAGAAAGGCAACUCAAAGUUAUGUUGACGAAUGUCCUAUGGACGGAAUUAGGACGAAAAUUCAGAAAGAUUCUACCUAGAAACGAUGCUAAUUUAUGUGAUGCCAACAAGGUGCAAUCAGACUCAUUGCCUUCGACAUCUGUUGACAGCCUAGAGACAUGUCAAAAAUUAGAACCUCUCCACCAAAGCCUUAAAUUAUCUGAAAGGAUACCCAGAGUUAUAUUGACGAAUGUCCUGGGAACGGAUUUAGGAAGAAAAUACAUAAAGACCUCUCCUGUUACUGAGGCCACUUUGGGUGAUACAGACAACUUGCAAUCAGAGCAGCUUUCUUCAUCAUCUGAUGACAGCCUAGAAUCUUGUCAAAAUCUAAAUCCUCACAAGAGCUUCUUUUUAAAUGAAAGGGGUUCUCAACCAAAUACGACAGUAGAUAAGAAUUGUUCAAGGCGGGCUACACAGAUCAAAGAAAAGAGAAAAGAUCUUAACAGUGAAAGUAGAGGUUGUGAUCAUCUUGAAGAGGGGAGCAGAAACAAGAAUGGUACAUGUUCUGAUUCAAAAAUGGAACCCACUCUGAUUUCCAGGAAGAGAAAGAAAAGGCUUAGAAGUAAUUCACCUGAUUCUCAUAAUUCUACUUCUUUGUAUAAACCAGCAGAACUGACAAAAGAAAACGACUCAACAGUAUCAUCUGAGUUUGAAAAGCUAAGUGAAAAUCAUGAUCAAGAUACAAAACUGCUUAAGGAAAUUACACCUGAACCUAUGGAAAGAGACUUUACUGAACUAUCUUCACUUGAUAGUCAGGAAUUGGCUUUGAGUGCUGCUCCCAAAAGCACUUCUGACUGUUCAGUUACUGAAACUGUUGUUGAGAACUCUGUUUCCACUGAUACAUUGGGGAAUGCUACCCAGGUUGAGAAGGAUGAGAACAAGUUGAACACAAUAGAAAAGCCUGUUUUAAGUGAACAGAGUGAAGGCAACCAAUCACUGAUCUCAGCUGAACCAAUUGUUGUUUCCAGUGAUGAAGAAGGGCCCAUUGAACAUAAAAAUUCAGAAAUUCUCAAGUUACAAUCUAAGCAAGACCAUAAUGUCACUAAGGAGAAUGAGAGUAUUUCUGAAUCAGCAUUGUCAGAACUACCAUCGAUUACUUGUGAAUCGGUACAGGCUUCAUCUGAAUUAUGUCCUGCCAAGGAAAACAUUUCCUGUAUUAUGCCUAGUAAUGAGAUGGAUCUACAACUGGAUUUUACAUUUACUUCUGUUUAUAUUGGUAAAAUAAAAGGAGCUUCUAAAGGUUGUGUUACAUUCACGCCGAAGUAUGUUAAGAUCCCAUUUCAAGUGUCCGUGAAUGAGGUUUUAUUGCUAGUGGAUACCACACAUUUAAAGAGGUUUGGCUUAUGGAAAAGUAAGGAUGAUGAUCACAGUAAAAGGAGUCUUGCUAUCCUUUUCCUCUGGGUCUCAUCACAUUAUCUUCAGGACAUUCAGACCCAAUUAGAAAACUCUAUGUUAAGCCAGCAAUCAAAAUCCAGUGAAUUCAUUUUCCUUGAGCUACACAAUCCUAUUUCACAAAGAGAAGAAUUGAAAUUGAAAGAUAUUAUGACAGAAAUAAGUACAACCACUGGAGAAGUAGAGCUUUCUUAUCCAUUGUCAUGGGUUCAGGCAUUUCCUUUAUUUCAGAACCUUUCUUCGAAAGAAAGUUCUUUUAUUCAUUAUUACUGUGCUUCAACUUGUUCCUUUUUUGCUGCUGCUGCUGAAGAAAUAAAGAUGCAAUCCGUAUCUCAGCCCUCAAAUAUAGAUGCAGCCAAACCCAAUUACACCUUCCUGCAGAAGCAAAGUAGCGGUUGCUACUCACUUUCUAUCACAACUAACCCAGAUGAAGAAUGGCGAGAAGUCAGGCACACUGGACCUGUUCAGAAGUUGAUUGUAUAUCCUCCACCACCUACCAAGGGGGGGUUAGGAGUAACUAGUGAAGAUCUGGAGUGCUUAGAAGAAGGGGAGUUUCUUAAUGAUGUAAUUAUUGAUUUCUACCUUAAGUAUCUUAUAUUGGAAAAGGCAUCAAAUGAACUUGGUGAACGAAGUCACAUUUUUAGUAGCUUUUUCUAUAAAUGCUUGACGAGAAAGGAAAAGAACUUAACAGAAGAUAAUCCAGAUCUUUCAAUGGCCCAAAGAAGACAUAGAAGGGUAAGAACAUGGACUCGCAACAUAAACAUCUUUAAUAAAGAUUACAUCUUUGUGCCUGUAAAUGAGUCGUCUCACUGGUACCUUGCAGUCAUUUGUUUUCCGUGGUUGGAAGAAGCUGUAUAUGAAGAUUUUCCACAAACCAUAUCCCAGCAAUCCCAGGCUCAGCAAUCCCCGCCCAACAAAACAAUAGAUAAAGAUCUUCGUACUACUUCAGUACUAUCCUUGGGUACAGUGGAUUCCCAAAGUACUGAGACAAGUAUGUCAAUACCAAAGAAAGUGUGUAAAAGGCCAUGCAUUCUCAUACUAGACUCCUUGAAAGCUGCUUCUAUACAAAACACAGUUCAGAAUUUACGAGAGUAUUUAGAGGUAGAGUGGGAAGUUAAACGAAAAACUCACCGUGAAUUCAGCAAAACAAACAUGGUGGACCUAUGCCCUAAAGUUCCUAAACAAGAUAAUAGCAGUGAUUGUGGAGUAUAUUUACUGCAAUAUGUGGAAAGCUUCUUUAAGGACCCUAUUGUUAACUUUGAACUCCCAAUUCAUUUGGAGAAAUGGUUUCCUCGCCAUGUAAUAAAGACCAAGCGGGAGGAUAUUCGCGAGCUCAUUUUGAAACUUCACCUGCAGCAGCAGAAGGCCAGCAGUAGCUAG